AUAUUAGUAAGUAAUAAAAAAUAAUAAUAAAGUAAAAUGUAAUAAACAAAUCACUAUAUAUUAAUAAUUCCAAAUAAAAAAUAACAAUACUAUUAUAGAGUUACACAAUAUAUAACACUAAAAAAAAAUUAUAUAUUUAAAAUAUUUGUAAUAAUAUUAGAUAUAUUAAUAAAAUAAAAAUAUCCACACGGACGUGCGGAUUGAAAUCUAGUUAGAGUAUUAAAUUAGAUAUUCUAGUAUUAAGAGCUUCAUGAAAUUUAGUUAAUUUAUUUUAUGAGAUUAUCUCUUAAAUGAAAAUAUAUUAUAAAUUAGUUGUUUUUGAAUUAGUUAACUAUUUUUGAUUUGAUAAUAUUACCAUUAAUAAAUGUCUUAAACUAACAUUUUUGAUGGUAGCAUGGAUUAUAAACAUAUGUUAGACGAAAAUUAAUUGUAUAUAAUGUUUUUGUUUUAAUAUAAUAGAUAACAAUGUUGUAAAAAAAAAAGAAUAGCUAACAAAAAUGAGGAUGCUAUCGAGUGUUUUUGUAAGACUUGUAUGACACUGAAAUUGAGCUAAGAUCAAAGCAUAUUAACCAAUCACUCAUUUAGUUCUUUUUUUUACAACAAUAUAACUAAACUAUCAGCGCUGCGAAAAAUUUGCGGGCAAGAGAUAUUGAUUGUGAUCAGCGUUGUAGUAUCUGUGGUGUCGAGUAAGAAUCCAUUAAUUAUGUCCUUUUUGAAUGUCUACCAACUUUACAAAUUUGGAUUUUGUCGAAGAUACCUUCUCUUUUGGGUGUUUUUCUUUCUUUUUCGGUGUUUACUAAUAUGAAUUAUCUUUUUUGGAGGCUACCGAGAUAAUAUGAUUUCAGUUCAUUUCCUUGGACUAUGUGGUAUAUUCGGAAGAACAGGAAUAAUAAGCUAUAUUCAAACAGAAAUGGCGAUCCUCAGGAAAUCUUACGAAUAGCGAAAGUGGAAGCAGUGGUUUGGGCAGAUGCCUAACUUACGGUUCCUGUCAACCAUAAUUCAUCUUUCUCCUCAACAGAGUGGCUGUCAUCAGAGCAGACCAAAGUUUGUUUUGUAGAUGGUGCAUGGAAGGCAAAUGAUAAGUUCUCAGGCCGAAGAUGGUUUUGUAGGACUAAUGGUUCAGAAAAGAAGAUGAUGGGAGCAAUGAAUCUCCGAAGAAGCUUAUCCGCUUUACAUGCUGAAUGUGAAGUUUUUAUAUGGGCUAUGGAAUACAUGAAGAUCCACAAUUUUUCAGACGUAACUUUUGCAACAGACUGUUCUCAAUUGGUGAAGAUGAUGUCAUAACCUGAAGAAUGGCCAGCUUCUGCUACACUAUUGGAGGAGUUCCAGUGCAGUAAGCUUUUCUUCCCUUCCUUCAAGAUCCGACAUAUUUCGAGAAUUCAAAAUCUAGUGACGGACAAGGUGACACGAGGUGCUAGGUGUUCCCAUACUGCUAUGUUCUAUGUUGAGCAUAUAUGCUGGUUUAAUUAUCACUCAUUUAGAUCAAUAGGGUACAUAUUUCGAAAGAUUAAAAUCUACAUUGUAGGUUAAUUUCGAUAAAUUUAUAUUUGGGAAAGGUCGGUUUUUAAAUUUCACAUUGUAGAUUACGUUUUCCAUCCCCAAAAUUUCGCAAACCAAGUUAGUGAGGGUAGAAACUGAAAGUUAAUGAUAAUAAAAUUCAAAUUUACUGUUGGUUUAUUAUUAAUGUAAACAAUUAAAUAUGUCAUAUUAACUAAUUUUGUAAGUGAUCAUACUAUGAUUUGUUAAUAAUACAUAAAAAUAGAACCAUAAAUUAAUAGACUAGAUGAUUCUAGAAUUAUACUCUGUCAAAUAACGUUUUAAGAAACUGAAACAAAGAUUUUUACCAAAAUAAAAAAUAAAACAAUGAGAUGUCAAAAUAAAAAACAAAGAGUAAGACCGAUCACUAGCUGGAAUAAAGGAAUAUCCGGAUAUCCAAAAAGAAAAAAAAAAAAGAAACUUGGAAAAAUGGCAAUCCAACAUAUAGCUUGUUGGAAUCAAAUGAGAUAGAAACUUUCAAAUUCAUACAAGAAUGAGGCGUAUUGGAUUUCACAACUUAAAUCAACAAAGAACAAGGAGGGUACUUACUUCUUCUUCUUCUUCUUCUUCUUCAACUGUUCUUCCUCAUCUUGCACCAUCAUGUCAAGAAACCAUUCUCUCACCCCAAGAUCCAAAACCCAAAACAGAUCUUCCAAGCAGUUUCAGCUUCUUGCGAGAAACAAAGCCAUGCAUUUCUUGCCCGAGGAAUCAAGUUACAGAUUCAGUGAACAGAGUUAAGCUCCGAGAUGGGAGAUUCCUUGCUUAUAAAGAGAGAGGUGUUCCAAAGAACGAAGCUAAAUACAAGAUCAUUCUUAUUCAUGGGUUUGGAAGCUCCAAAGAGAUGAACUUCUCUGCUUCAAAAGAGUUGAUAGAAGAGCUAGGCGUAUAUUUUCUACUCUACGACCGAGCUGGAUAUGGAGAUUCUGAUCCAAACCCGGAACGUUCGUUGCAAAGCGAAGCACUUGACAUAGAAGAACUUGCUCAUAAUUUGCAGAUAGGACCCAAGUUUUACUUAAUUGGAGUUUCCAUGGGAUCAUAUCCCACGUGGAGUUGUCUUAAACACAUACCUCACAGGCUAGCUGGAGUGGCGUUUGUAGCUCCAGUGGUAAACUAUGGAUGGCGGUCGCUUUCUAAGAAGCUUAUAAAGAAAGACUACAGGAGGGGGAUUAUAAAAUGGUGUUUUCGACUAUCAAAAUAUGCACCUGGGCUUUUACAUUGGUGGAUCAGUCAGAAACUCUUCCCAUCAACUACUUCAGUCCUUGAAAGCAAUCAACUCUAUUUCAACACCAGUGAUAUUGAAGUACUCAAGAGAACUACCGGUUUUCCUAUGCUUACUAAGGAUAAACUACGGGAAAGGAGUGUAUUUGAUACUCUAAAAGACGAUUUCUUGGCGGGCUUCGGGCAAUGGGACUUUGAUCCAUCUGAUGUAAGAAUGAGUGGAGAGAACUCUGUUCAUAUAUGGCAUGGAAAGGAAGACAAGGUGGUUCCGUUUCAACUUCAUAGAUGCAUCUUGAAGAAGCUGCCUUGGAUCAAGUAUCAUGAGAUACCUCAUGGAGGACAUUUGAUCGUACACUAUGAUGGUACGUGCGAUGCGGUUCUAAGGGCACUAUUGGUCGGGGAAAAUCAAAAGUUGUAUCAACCCGAACACAACUAACUCUCUUGUGUUUGGAGACUCAUACGAUUUUAAAUUGUUAACAAGCAUUUUGUCAUAUAAGAAAUUAAGAACUAUAAUACAAUCACAAAACUAUAUGAAACACACACACACACACACACACACACUGAUUAUGGCAUCUACAACUACAAUAUAGAGGAAGGAAAUGGAGCAAUACGUCUUUAACUUGUGUAUGUAUAGAAGGUUAACUAUUUAUCAUACGAAAUUACUGCAAAUUAGAUUCAAUGAAAUAUCUCAUAAAAUGUAACUUACUGAAAGUUUAAAACAAA